AUGACCCGCUCCAGUUCAGUCCUUGCUGUGUUGGCCCUCGCCUUCGUGGGCAUCGCUUUCGUGGCGCCUCCGCUGCGUGUGUCCACCCCCCGUGGCCUCCCGGACAAGCUGGACCGCGCUGAGCCUCCGAGUGAUGCCGGCGCCGUUGUGAUGGGAGUCCUAGCAGGCGUAAUGGUGGCCCUCGCAGUGCCCGCAAGCAGCUGGGCCAUCAACGACCUGCCUGAGUUCUCCGUGGUGAGGCCGAGCUACAUGCAGGGCGUCGAUGCCGCCUUGGCCGCUACGAAGCCAGGCGAAAUCGAUUUCGUGACGCGGAGUCGAAUUGAGGCGUCCUACUUCCCCCAAGUCCUUGAAGAGCUGAAGCAGGAGAGAGUGAAGCUUGAGGCGGCUCCCAGCAAGCAGGAGCGCUUGGAGAAAGCCACUCAGCAGAUGAGGGAGUAUGCCCAGACGGCUCAAUUCCGCGUGGCCGAGGAAGUACCGGAAGUGAGGAUGUGA